AUGUUGGCAGCCCAAGAUGAGCGCUUCAAAAACGGUCGCGUUGCAUCUUACCACACGCCCAAGCGUCAAGUUUUGGGGAAUCGCGCCGGGCAUACAGCGCCGGCCUGGAAAGCAAACGCAGCCAGCGUUUCUGGACACGGUAUAAACGGUGGACCAGCAAGAGCCAAGUCUGUGACGGAAACGGGGAGCAGAAUCUUCAUUAGCAUGCUUCCGGUUGAUGUCGGGGAAAAAGAGGUCGAGGAGCUUUUCCGGAUAACUGUGGGGCCUCUCAAAGAGUCAUUUCUGGUGUACAACUCUCAGGGGAGGUCGAAAGGCAUGGCUGUAGUCGCGUUCCAGCGUCCAGGAGAUGCUAUGGUCGCUCGUGCAAAAUACGACGGGAAGUUCGUGGAUGGACGUCGCCCUAUCAGGAUUGAGAUCCUGACAGAUGGCUCGCACCUAACACAAGCUGCGGCAAAACCUUCUCCACCCUCUCUCAUUGAUCGGCUUUCUCCCCCUUCUCCAGUCCAGCAAGCCCAACUGAACGGCACUGCUGCUUCACACCCGAAAACCACCGCGUCUAUCCCAUCCGGACCGCGUCCCACCAAGAAGGCAAAUCCUCCAAUUGCCCAGGCAGCUAGCGCAAAAGCAAUCCCGAUACCACCACGGAAGUUGAAAACGAAGAAAGGCCCCAAACGGUUGAAAAAGCGAGUAGUGACGGUGGAUGACCUCGACAAAGAAAUGGAGGAUUACCGAGCUGCCGCUCCAGGGUUUGAGGAAUAA